AUGAAUUUUUGCUACGAGAAUCUGGUUCCCUCGCGGGUUUUCGAUCUUCUGAUGGGGGAGUUGCUUUUGCAGGACGAUGUGUCGAGCCCGAUCAGCGCUCAGCUCCUCGAGUUUUGUGACUCGGACUUCUUCCAGGAGACGAUGCAGAACUCGGAUGUUACAUCUAGCUCCAAUUGCUGCUACGACGAGAAUUCUCCCUACACCACAAACCUGUCACUGCCUCCUGAUUUGGAGAAGUACAACCACAACAACACCACUGGCCAGGACACCAACAAUUGCAACACAACCAAUAGCACUAACAACAACAACAACAACAACGGUCCAACGACUAGUAACACAACCACAAGCACCACCAGCGCCGCCACAGCUGCAAACACCACUGCCACCACCACCAACAGCAGCAACCUCUCCUCGAUACUGUUCGACUCGCAAGACGAGCUGGACAACGACAUCUCUGCCUCCAUCGACUUCACCUCUUCCCCUGUCGCCUUCUCUGUUCCUCCCUUCUCCCACAACAACUUCGACUUCACGUCCAUUCACCCACAUCACCUCACAUUGUCGGAUUGCCUAACCGAUCACCAUGCUCUCUCCCACUACUCAUCAUCGUCUCCCGUAGCAGCAGCAACAACGGAUCAUCAUCAUCAUCAACAUAAUCAUAACAACCAAAAUAUCCCUCAAUUCAUGAUCCCUUCGCUAUUCGAAGAAGAUUGCUUGUCCUCUGUCCCUUCCUACGUCCACCUCAACCCUGCCUCCCCUUCUUGCUCCUUCUUGGGGACCAACUUCACCACCUUCAUGCCUUCCGGGGCCAUGUCGGCUGUCGACAACUCGGGGAUUUUCACCGCCGGUGGGAUUUACAUGGGCGGCGAGCAGUUGUUGCAGAGUCAGGAGCUAGAUUACCAAGGGGACAAUGGUGGAAUCUACUGCCCGUCUGACUCUCUUCAGCGCGUUUUUAACCCCUCCGACCUUCAGGCGUUCAGCAAUGAGACAAAACAAUUGGUGGGUGGAGCACCAAGCUCGACGCCAUUGACGACAGAGUUGGCGAGUUUGGAGGAUUCGAGCUUCAAAGUAGGGAAGCUAUCCGUUGAGCAGAGAAAGGAGAAGAUACAUAGGUACAUGAAGAAAAGGAACGAGAGGAACUUCAGCAAGAAAAUCAAGUAUGCUUGCCGGAAGACGCUAGCAGACAGUAGGCCACGAGUCAGGGGAAGGUUCGCAAAGAAUGACGAUUUUGGAGAUACCAACAGAGCUGCCUGCAGCAACCACGAAGAAGAAGAGGAUGAUGAAGUAGCAGUGAAAGAAGAGGUGGAGAUGGUGGACCAAGCUGCUGAUAUAUUUUCGCACAUCAGUGGAGUUAACUCCUUCAAUCGCAACUACAUCCAAUCAUCAUGGAUAUGACAGAAAUAGAGGGAAGAAGGAAAGAUUUAUUACAUGACAACAAAGUAUAGGAUGAUCCCAAAUUACCCUGUUUAAAGUUAAUUAACCCCCAAGAACCCUAAUACAAAAUUUUUGAGGAGGACCCUUUUCAUCAUCAGCCAGGGGAAGCCAAGAAAGGCAGGAGUUUCAGUAGCUGGAGGGAGAUGAUGUGAUUGGGUUAAUGGAGAUGUGAUCAAGCUCCCUCCUCUGGCUUUGAACUGAAAUUAUAGGGUUGAUUAAUUAUACUUUAACUUAAAUUACUAUACAAAGAGAUUAAGUCAGUCAGUGAGGAAGGGUAUAGAAAAGUUGGAAUAAAGACUGUAAUUUUUGUAGAUAUGUGUCUUUAUUUGCUGUAAUUUUUUUUUUUUGGUGGGGAUUCACUUUCACCCCAUCUUCUUCAGCUUCGUGAUUUCAAGUCCUUUUUGGUUUUUGGUUAAUGGCCAGGAGCUGAUAUUGUGUUCUCAGGAUUUACUUUGCUGAAUAAGAUAAUGUGUAAUUACUCUUUUUUUGUU